AUGAUGGAAGUAUACAUCGACGAUAUGCUAGUUAAAUCCCUACACGCCAAGGACCAUAUAUUGCACCUGUCGACAUGUUUCGACAUUCUGAAUGAGUACGGGAUGAAGCUCAAUCCCGCCAAGUGCACCUUCGGUGUAACAGCAGGCGAGUUCCUCGGCUAUAUCGUCACCGAGCGCGGCAUCGAGGCUAACCCAAAGCAGAUAUCUGCAGUAUUGGACCUACCUUCCCCGACUUCAAAAAGGGAACUGCAAAAACUCACAGGACGGAUCGCCGCUCUAAACAGAUUUAUUUCCAGGUCGACCGAUAAGUGCUUGCCGUUCUAUCAGUUACUACGACGUAACAAAUAUCAUACUUGGAGCGCAGAGUGCGAAGACGCCUUCAAGCAGCUGAAAACGUACCUAUCAACUCCCCCUAUCCUAGCCAAGCCCGAGAAUGGCGAAAUGCUGUUCCUUUAUAUCGUAAUUUCCACCUCGGCGGUUAGCAGCGUUCUAGUCCGGGAAGAGAGGGGAGAACAGCGUCCAAUAUUCUAUGUCAGCAAAUCGCUAAGUGACGCCGAGCCGCUCCGGACCAUUUUACACAGUCCAAGCCAAUCAGGUCGCCUCGCGAAAUGGGCCGUCAAACUAAGCGAGUACGACAUAGAAUACAAGAAUCAAACCAGUGCAAAAUCCCAAGUACUCGCCGAUUUUCUGAUCGAGCUACCUAAAGAGUUCGUUGUCGAACAGCCGCUCCGUGAGCUAUGGACAUUGCAUGUCGAUGGGUCGUCAUCACACCGGCGAUCAGGCGUCGGAAUUCGCCUAAAGUCACCAAACGGCGAAAUCCUCAAACAAUCUUUCCGCCUUGAGUUUCCAGCAUCCAGCAAUGAGUCCAAAUACGAAGCUUUACUCGCCGGACUAAGAUUAGCCCUGGAGCUCGGCGUACGACAUCUUCACGCCUUUUGUGAUUCGCAGCUCGUAGCGAGCCAGCUAAGUGGCGAGUACACGACCAAAAACGAACGAAUGGAUGCAUACCUGAAAGCAACUAAAGCGCUCAUCUCAAAGUAUGAGACGUUCGAACUCACAAAAAUCCCUCGCAGCGAGAACUCGUCUGCGGACGCGUUAGCCGCCCUAGCCUCCAGUUCCGACCCGCACAUGAAGCGAAAAAUCCCGGUCGAAAGCAUCUCAGAACCAAGCAUCAAAACCACACAGAAAUGCAACGUUGCCACCCGGAGACGAAAUUACGAUGAAAAUCCGAACCCAAUCUCGCCGAACGCGCAACGUAAGAAUCCAGCACAAACAAACGAGACUACCGAGCAGGCUCUCGAAGAUCCUGUUGCCGACCACGACUUCGAGUACAUAACCGAAGGAAUCCACAGCCCGUCGACCAGUGAGAACCAGGGAACGAGCCCGCCAAAGAUUGGACAGCCAAACUGCGAGAGUACCUUCUCAACGGCAAAAUCCCUGAAGAUAAAUGGGCUGCUCGCCGUCUUAAAGUCCGAGCCGCUCAUUAUACAAUGCAUAAAGAUAAGUUAUACUGUUGGAGCGCUUCCGUAG